AUGUCUUCCUUCUUUUUUCUCUCAAUUGUUGGGGAUGAUGUGGGCCAGUUCAUUUCUCAAUUUCUAUUUAUUCUUUCCUUUCUCUCUGGUUCUUUCCUCAUUGAUCCUGUUGUUUUCUUUAUUCCUAUUUGUCUCCCUUUUUAUCACUAUUUUUGUCUAUUUAUAUUUGUCCCUCUUUUUAUUGCUCUUCUUGUCUAUUUCUCUCUUUUUUUAUCACUAUUCUUGUCUAUUUCUCUGUCUCUAUUUAUCACUAUUCUUGUCUAUUUCUCUGUCUCUAUUUAUCACUAUUCUUGUCUAUUUCUCUGUCUCUUUUUAUCGCUAUUCUUGUCUAUUUUUACUUCUCUCUCUUUUUAUCACUGUUGUUUUCUUUAUUUCUGUUUGUCUCUCUUUUUAUCGCUAUUCUUGUCUAUUUCUCUGUCUCUUUUUAUCGCUAUUCUUGUCUAUUUCUCUGUCUCUAUUUAUCGCUAUUCUGGUCUAUUUCUCUGUCUCUAUUUAUUGCUAUUCUUGUCUAUUUCUCUGUCGCUUUUUAUCGCUAUUCUUGUCUAUUUCUCUGUCUCUAUUUAUCACUAUUCUUGUCUAUUUCUCUGUCUCUAUUUAUCGCUAUUCUUGUCUAUUUCUCUGUCCCUUUUUAUCGCUAUUCUUGUCUAUUUCUUGUCUCUAUUUAUCGCUAUUCUUGUCUAUUUCUCUUUUUAUCGCUAUUCUUGCUAUUUCUCUGUCUCUUUUUAUCGCUAUUCUUGUCUAUUUCUCUGUCUUUUUAUCACUAUUCUUGUCUAUUCUCUGUCUCUUUUUAUCGCUUUCUUGUCUAUUUCUCUGUCUCUUUUUAUCGCUAUUCUUGUCUAUUUCUCUGUCUCUUUUUUAUCGCUAUUCUUGUCUAUUUCUCUGUCUCUUUUAUUCGCUAUUCUUGUCUAUUUCUCUGUCUCUUUUAUCGCUAUUCUAUUUCUCUGUCUCUCUAUUUAUCACUAUUCUUGUUAUUUCUCUGUCUCUAUUUAUCACUAUUCUUGUCUAUUUCUCUGUCUCUAUUUAUCACUAUUCUUGUCUAUUUCUCUGUCUCUAUUUAUCACUAUUCUUGUCUAUUUCUCCGUCUCUAUUUAUCACUAUUCUUGUCUAUUUCUCCGUCUCUUUUUAUCACUAUUCUUGUCUAUUUCUCUGUCUCUUUUUAUCACUAUUCUUGUCUAUUUCUCUGUCUCUUUUUAUCGCUAUUCUUGUCUAUUUCUCUGUCUCUUUUUAUCACUAUUCUUGUCUAUUUCUCUGUCUCUUUUUAUCGCGAUUCUUGUCUAUUUCUCUGUCUCUAUUUAUCACUAUUCUUGUCUAUUUCUCUGUCUCUAUUUAUCACUAUUCUUGUCUAUUUCUCUGUCUCUAUUUAUCACUAUUCUUGUCUAUUUCUCUGUCUCUAUUUAUCACUAUUCUUGUCUAUUUCUCUGUCUCCUUUUAUCGCUAUUCUUGUCUAUUUCUCUGUCUCCUUUUAUCGCUAUUCUUGUUUAUUUCUCUGUCUCUAUUUAUCACUAUUCUUGUCUAUUUCUCUGUCUCUUUUUAUCGCUAUUCUUGUCUAUUUCUCUGUCUCUUUUUAUCGCUAUUCUUGUCUAUUUCUCUGUCUCUAUUUAUCACUAUUCUUGUCUAUUUCUCUGUCUCUAUUUAUCACUAUUCUUGUCUAUUUCUCUGUCUCUUUUUAUCGCUAUUCUUGUCUAUUUCUCUGUCUCUUUUUAUCACUAUUCUUGUCUAUUUCUCUGUCUCUAUUUAUCACUAUUCUUGCCUAUUUUUACUUCUCUCUCUUUUUAUCACUGUUGUUUUCUUUAUUUCUGUUUGUCUCUCUUUUUAUCACUAUUCUUGUCUAUUACUGUUUCUAUCUCUCUUUUUACUGCUAUUCUUGUCUAUUUCUACUUCUCUCUUUUUUUUAUCUCUAUUCUUGUCUAUUUCUAUUUCUCUCCUUAUCUACAUUUUUUCUUAGUUUUCUGUUUUUUCUUCAUUUCUAUUUAUCUAUCUCUCUUGUUGUCUUUUUCCUAUUUUUGCCUCUAUUUCUUCUCCCUCCUCUUCUCAGUUUCUUUUCUUACUUUUUCUAUUUUUUCUUUAUUUCUAGGUCUUCUCUAUCUCUCUCUUUUUAUCUCUCUUUCUCUUUUAAUCUCUAUUUCUUCUCUCUCCUCAAUCCCUUUUCUUUCUUUUCUAGAUUUAUCUUUAUUUCUUCUCUAUCUCUCUCUUUUUAUCUUUCUAUUUUUGUCUCUAUUUCGUCUCUCUCCCUCUUCUCGGUUUCUUUUUUCAUUUUUCUGUUUUUUCCUUAUUUUUAUACUUUUCUUUCUAUUGCUUCAUUCUUGUUUCUGUUUCUAUUUCUUCCCUCCCCAUUCUACUUGUUUGUUCUCUUACUCUUUCUCUCUUCUUCUAUUGCUAUUUCUUCUCUUGCUCUCACUCCAUGAGCAAUCGAAAUUUCAUUAG